UGCGGUUGCGUUGCUUUAUCCCGGACUAAUCAGUGUGGACAGUGGUCACUUCCAGACGAAACUCAGUUGGUGCUGAGUGAUGCAAAUUUUGUAAUCUUUUGCAGGUACAAUCAUCUGUCCUUAGGCUUAUUCUUGUUCUCGUUCACCUGCUUCGUUUCAAAUUUUCUCAAACUUGGCUCGGUAUUUUUUGUUUUGGCUGUACAUUACAAGCAAAUUGAGCUUUAUCAUGCUUUGCCUGUUGCUGUUUAUUUGUUAUCGCGAACUUAUACGGAACUUUUUCCCUCAAGUGCAAUUAAAAGUUACUGCGCUUGGUUGCGGCAGUUGCUCGUCUUGUUCACUUGUGUCAGCUGCACAAUGUUUGUCCUGUGGUUUCCAUUCAUUUAUACGAGAUCUGAUUUAUUUCAAAUUUUGCGCCGAAUUUUUCCAUUUUACCGAGGUUUAUUUGAGGAUAAAGUGGCCAAUUUGUGGUGUUCGCUGAAUGUGCUCAUCAAAUUGAAAAAGAAUUUCGAAAUAUUGUUUUUAUUGCGCAUAAGUGCUGUGGCUGUGCUGGUUACGAACAUUCCGUGCUUGUUAUCGCUGUAUUAUCGUCCAACAGUGCUUAAUUUUAAAUACAGCUUGCUGGCCUCCAGCUUAUCGUUCUUCCUCUUUUCAUUUCAAGUCCAUGAAAAGUCGAUUCUGUUUGUUGCUCUGCCAUCUCUGUUGCUGUGGCAGGAGAACCCGGUUCUUGUAUCUUGGCUUUUGAUAAUUUCCAACGUAAGGUCAGUUAACCGGUUGGCUGUGCACGGUAGUUGUUUGGCAUCAUUGUUAUUGUGCCUGGCCAGUUUGGUUGUGCGGCCGCCAGCACGAUAUCCUCAUAUCUUCUCGCUCCUUACGGCAGUUUAUUGCUUCUUCCAUUUCAUGUUGUUUUUCUUGUAUGUUAAUUUCCACAUGCUGAGGCUCACUUUCAAAUCAGUGAGGAAAACGGUGUAG